AUGCGAGGCAUCACCUUGAGGCUAUGCAUUGUACAUGCCCUAACAAUUCAAUUCUGCAAUAUCCAUGCACGCAAGAUGUCAUCCAAAUCAGUAAAGCGCCUAUACAUCAUCGACUGUUGUUCUUUACCUGACAUCAUGCGCCUUCGGAUUUGUGCCCCGAGUCUUAUCUCACUGCAGCUAGAGGAUUUUGAAGGCUUGACACCUUUUCUUGAAAACAUGCCAUUGCUACAAACAACUCAUGUUAACCUUGAUGAUGGAUGCCAUGAUCAUUGUCGUAGUAAUCGGGGGGUUUGUGAUAAUUUUGUCUGUGGUUGUCAUACUUAUCCUGUCAAGGAGGGGGUGCUUCUCAAUGGUUUGUCCAAUGCUGCCAAGUUGGACUUGAUAGCUUUACCUAAAAUGUUUCUCUACAGAUGGGAUUUGAAAUGGUCCCCCGUCUUUGGCAAAUUAAAGACUCUGUUACUCAAUAAAUGGUUUACGGCUAUUGACCUAGUUUGCAUUCUCCAACACUCUCCAGUUCUUGAGAUGCUCACUCUUCGGUUCGAUAACACUAAGAAUAUUGUAGGAGCAACAGGAGCCCAGGAAACAAUAAAACAACCACUUACGUGUGCAUGCCUUAAGUUUGUUUACAUUGAAUGUGAAAAGGUUGAUAAGGGGGUUCGUGAAAUUUUGAAUAUGUUAGGUAGAUUCGGCAUACUUCGUGACCAAAUUAGCAUCAAGGAGGAUCCACGUCCGGACUCAGAUUAUUCGUCUGCUGAUAGUGACUCCACUGAUAGCGACUAA